AUGAGGGAAUGUUCAUCAUUGUACAUCAUCGGGGGCUAUAACUGUCAAACAGGUGACCCAACGAAAAUCGUUGAACGCAUUGAUUUCAGUGACAGUUCCAACCCAACAAUUGACGAACAAUUCGAAAUCGACAAGGACUUCACCGCUGUGGAUUGUUGUGUAGUUCAAACAAAUCAGUAUAAUGAACACCUUUUACCGUUAGCUUCCUACUUAGACCGUUGGAUUGUUUGGUAA